GGCCUUGACAAAUGACUUUCUGUACUGGCUGAGGGCCAGGGCCCAGCGUACUGAUAAGGAAGCUCUUCCAGAAAAAGGGUUGAUUUACAGAGGAAUGAAUCUGCAUGAAAGUUUACCAACAAGAUCCCUGCCUGCCUUUUGCAGGCUCUCCUGCAACCAUCUACUUCAUUUUUGAUCUCAGGAAGACCAGAGCUGAGGCUUAGGUGGAGAAAAGCAGGGCUAGAAUUGGAACCCAAAGCCCAGAAUGGCAGGAGAGGAUGUGGGGGCUCCACCCGAUCACCUCUGGGUUCACCAAGAGGGUAUCUACCGCGACGAAUACCAGCGCACGUGGGUGGCCGUCGUGGAAGAGGAGACGAGUUUCCUAAGGGCACGAGUCCAGCAAAUUCAGGUUCCCUUAGGUGACGCAGCUAGGCCAAGUCACCUUCUUACCUCCCAGCUACCUCUCAUGUGGCAACUCUACCCGGAGGAGCGCUACAUGGAUAACAACUCUCGCUUGUGGCAGAUACAGCAUCAUUUAAUGGUCAGGGGAGUACAGGAGCUGUUGCUUAAGCUUUUGCCUGAUGACUAACCUGGUGCUGGGAUUCUACGAAGAUAUGCUCCUUUGUUCUGUUCAGUAUUUGGCAAUCACUUCAUCCACUACUGCAGUGCACCCACCCUUGGGCCUGGGGGGAGGGAGUGGGUUGAAAAACUGCUCAAGAAACAGAAGUUUAGCAAGGGUCAUGAAGAAUACUGCAAGUGAAACUGCAGAGAGAGGUUACGUAGGCAGAAAGCAAGUCAACAAAAGCACUUAGUCAGGAUCCGUAACUUGAAAUUGACUCCUUUGGAAAUUGCCAUAGAACCCUUAAUGGACAUCAUCGGCUGGACCUGGGAUCUGAUGAAUCCCACAAAAGUCAGCACCUUCUACAGAACAGAUGCCCUGAUCACCAAGGACUUGGUACUGAUUUAGAGAGAAGAGAGCAGCUCCUAGCAGCAUCAACAUCUAUUUGUCGCUUAUUUGCCCUGCAGCAAUUCACCUGCCUUUCCUUCUCCCAUCCU